UCCUUUCCAGGGGAUUCCCCUUCCCCACCCUCCAUCCCAGCCCCACCAUCCCCUUCCCCCAAGCCCUGAACAGCCAUCACUGGGAGAAAAAGCAAUGGUCAGCUUAAGGGGAGGCCCGCCUUCCCACCCCAGCCUCAACCCUGGCUCCCCACUGAGGCCAUAGUUAGCAGGGCUUGGGGCCUCUUUAGGGGGUGGUGCCUACUCAGCCUGUGGGUGGAUCAAAGACACUUCCUCCCAGUCCACCUCUGCAGAUUCCCAGGUGUGCUUUGACCUAGUCCAGCCUGGUCCCUCCUCUAGCUUCCAUCUCUGGCUGCUUCUACCCUCCUCUUUCAUCUCAUCAGGAUCGCAGCUUUCAAAAGGGAAGGGAACUUGGCCUACAGGACCCCUCAUGCCGUCAGAAAGGAAAUUGGGAUCCUGAAAAGGGAAGGUCUUUGUCCAAGGCCAGAGGGGGGAAACUGUGGCCCAGAGUAGGGAAGGGGCUUGGCUGAAGUCCCACUGAAGGUAUGACUCCCUUGGAUGAAGGCACCUGACUGAAGGCGCUCUGUCCAGCUCUGCAGCCCCACGCACACACAGCUAUUUACAGCAUUAGUAAUAAUAACAAUAGCUACCGUUCAUGCAGCGUUUCAAGGUUUGCAAAGCGUUAUGAACGUGAUCUCUCUCGCUCCUCACAACCACCCUGGGAGGCAGGGCUGUCACUCCACGCACUUUACAGAUGAAGAGAGUGAGACAUGACGAGUAUGGGGCUAUCGAAGGAGCUUAGGAAGAUGGGUGAAAUGAUGCAGACAAAAAAGCAGAAGCAAGAAAAGCUACAUGGUGACCAUGGUAACCAAGGAUGUGAAGAAAAACAGCCUGGAAAGACAGCAGAGCUCUGCCCAGGCCAACAGUCCCUCUGGCCUCUGGAAGACUAAGGGCCAGAGUUCCAGAGCAGAGCAAGGCGGUGAGAGCGACAUCAAGGCCAGGCAAGAUUUUACACGUGGCUACAUGAGCAGCUCCCUGGCCUGGGUUUGUGGGUUUCGCCCAGAGAACACACGGGUCUGCCUUUCUAUACUUUUCUCCAUCUCCCUGUCUGAGGACUCUCCGAGGAAUUCGGAAAAGGCGGUGGACCAACGAGCCCGAGGUCUAAAUCCAGCUCCUGCCACCUGUCUGAGCUGUGCCCGGCACAUAAUAGGGAAACUGAGGCUCAGAAAGGGCCAAUGGCGUGCUCAGGGUCACAAAGCUCCUAAGUAUAUGAGAUCCUCUAAGCUCAGCACCUCGGGGGACGGGGUCUGUGGGCUGAGCACCAGCCGCAGCUCAAGGCCGCGCUUUCGGCGGGGUACAGGGAGGGCCGGGGUCCAGCAUCUGACCUGGAGUUUCCGAUGGACCCCCGCCUCCUCCCUGGAGCAGAGCGGGGUGGAAAGAGCGCCCCAGCCCCUCCUGUCCCGUCCAGCUCCCCUCCCCUUCUCCCCUAAACCGCCGGGGCUGCAGGAUGUUGGGUGCGUCCAGCCCCCGGCCUCGGUACAGCCGGCCUGUCCGGGCACUGCCCUAGGCGCCGGUGGUGGGCGUGGGGCAGGGUUCAAGACAACCGCCUCCAGCUGCUAG